UCCUGGGAGGCUUUUUCAGGGCUGAAUCUUGGUGUUUGAGAGGUUUUUCUGGAGCCCAGAUGGCCGGGGACUUGUAGAGAUGGACUGGGGCAGUGGGACCUUCAAACUCAACGUGUGUUGGUGAAGAUGAAACAGGAAAGCAUUAUAAAUCUGAUUGUCUGGCAAAAGAUUUUGAGAAUAUAGAAAGUAGAAGCAAGAUUGAAAUGAAAGCAAGCUUUGAGAUACCUUAGUUACUGAACAACUGGAAAACAAUGGAAGGUAAUCCCUUUGUGAUGAAAGAAUUCCCUCUGCUUGCAGACAGGUCCAGGGGCCAGAGCAGACCCUGCUAGCUCAGCAGAAGGGGUCCAAAGAGGAGUUUUUAGGGUUUAAAAUGUAACAUGGUUUGGUGAUGUAAUGAUUCUUAUAGGCUGUAUGUAAAUGCUAUAGGAUUUGUAUCUUGCACUGGAUUGGAGAGUGAGAAAUAGAAUAUUCAACACAGGAGAAGAUUUAUUUUGCUGUAACGGGAACCUUACUCUCUUCUGCUCUUGCCCUCUUCCUCUCUCACCCUCUCAUCCUCUCUCCCACUCCCUUCUCUCGGGCCUGCUCUGAGCUGUGGCUGGCAGCUCCCAGCAGGGCCCCUGUGCCCAGGCCCUUGGCAAAGAACCCCAAGUUCAUUGGACCUGGCUGCAGAGAUCUCUGGUCUCCGUCCCUCCCAACUGUCCUACCCCCAACGCUCCUACAAACAUCUCAUCCCUUGGUUUCCCCACAGCAGGAUUUCCCAUUGCCCACCCCUGGGAGGCUGUGAGGAAGAGUAAGAUGCCCCAGGACACUUAGGCAGAGCAGGAGCUGAGCAUGGAGAGCAGGGAGGACAAAUCCCCAGGGCAGAACCUGGUGGCAGAGGCCGUUUUGAGCGGCUCCACGGCGCAGGAAGCCAACGGGGAGGAAAAGCCCCGGAGAUCCUGCACGAGGAGGGGCUGCAAACACAGAUCACAGGGAUCUGAGGGGGAAAGAGCCAGCCUGGGCCAGGAAGGCGGCCGGAGAUGGAGCCAGAGCUCGGAGCUGGUGCUGCAUGAGCAGGUCUGUGAUGGGGAGAAGCCCCACAUAUGUGAGGAGUGUGGAAAGAGCUUCAGGUGGAACUCCAGCCUGUUCAAGCACCAGAGGAUCCACACUGGGGAAUGGCCCAACGAGUGUGAUCAGUGCAGGAAGAGGUUUCACACCAGCUCCAAUCUCCUCUGGCACCAGCGCACGCACACAGAGGAGAGGCCCUUCCGCUGCCCCGACUGCAGGCAGGGCUUCAGGCAAAAUGCCCAUCUUGUCAGGCACCGACGCAUCCACACUGGGGAGAGGCCCCACGAGUGUGGGGAAUGUGGGAAGAGCUUCAGCUGGAGCUCCCACCUACUCAUCCACCAGAGGACCCACACUGGGGAGAGGCCCUACGAGUGUGGGGAAUGUGGGAAGAGCUUCAGGCACAGCUCCACCCUGAUCAGUCACCAGAGGACCCACACUGGGGAGAGGCCCUACGAGUGUGGGGAGUGUGGGAAGAGCUUCAGCCACUAUUCCACCCUGAUCAUCCACCAAAAGAUCCGCACUGGGGAGAGGCCCUACAAGUGUUCCAAGUGUGGGAAGAGGUUUCUGAUCAAAUCCCAUCUCCUCCAGCACUUUCUGAGUCACACAGAGGAGAGGCCCUUUAACUGCCCCGACUGCGGGAAGGCAUUCAGGCACAACUCCACCCUUGUCACCCACCGGCGCAUCCACACUGGGCAGAGGCCCUACGAGUGUCCCCAGUGUGGGAAGAGCUUCCUCAGGAACUCUCACUUGACCCAACACCAACAGAGGCACCAGUAAGGGAAGCCCUGCGAGUGCCCCGAGUGUGGGAAGAGCUUCGUGUGCUGCUCCAGCUCCAUCCCCCACUGGAGGAGCCACCUUAGGCAGAGCCCUGGAGAUCCACAUUCCUGUGAUCCAUGCUCGGAACACACCUGGCUGCUUGUCCAUUAGUUUGGCCUCAGUUUUUUUCUCCAUCUGUCUGUACUCAAAAGCCAAGAGGGAUCGAUCUGUCAUCUCAAAACCACACAAAUCCCACUAAAAAUAACUGAAUUUUAACCCAAAAUGCCUCAAUUCUACUUCAAAUUGCUGGUUACCUCCUCAAAAAAAGUCGUCCCCGGCCAAACUCACUCCAUUCCACAGCUGCCAGGCUGAGAUGGAGUUGGGAGGAGAUUGGGAGAAGUGGGAUCCCAGUUUGGAGCAGUGGGAUGGGGAUUGUGUGGGGCUGGCUGGGUGGGAUGUAUUUGAUAGCAAAUAAAACUUUCAGAGUUACUGAUUUCUGUCCUGUUCAUUUUCAGUCAGUUCUAUUUGCAGAGUGCUGCCUUCUCAGAUGAUUCAAUUCCUAGAAGAAUCCCAA